CGUAGCGCUCGUCCGUGUUCGUACGGUCUUAUGCUGCCUCGCUGGUUGCUGGUUCGCCGUAUGUGCGCGACCAUAAAAUUUUUCGCCAAGUAUCGCUCAGUUUCGUAUUCGUAUUUGAACGUGUCGUUACGUCGUGUUCGCAGGGUACGCGUAGUGAUUUGGAAAACUAAAGUGUGGCGCUAGCUGACGCAUAAACAGUUCAUCUGUGGAAAUCUAUGUUCGUUCGUUUGUUCGUCAAAGCCGCUAUAAAACACUGUUAAAAUAAAAUAAUAUAAUAAGAAAUUAAUAUCAACUUGUUUGUAUGUAUGAGAAAGAAGUUUCAAGAAAUACUAUGUGCAGUGCGGUUUUGAGUUAAACGGACACUCGCACCACGCAAGAGUUUACGCGUAACGGUAUGCCGUGGGUGGAGUGAUUUAUAAUUACUGAAAAUUAAAUAAAUUCGAUUUAUAAUUAAUAGAAUUGCUUUAAUUGUAGUGCGAAAAAAGAGACACAUACAAAAAUAAGUAAUGCAAAAGUAAUUCAAGCAUUGCUUAGAUUACUUCAAAUAUACCAUAUUAAACGAUCUUAAACUAUCAAAGUGAGGCUAACGGAUACAUUUACCUCUACUUAAGUUACUACAAGUAUCUCAUAUGCUUCCGUUCAAAUAUUGCAUUUCGCUCUUGACGCUAGUUAAACAAAUCGCUUCAUCUGAAAACAAAAAAAAUCUUAAAUUUUUUGAGAUAAAAGCUCCAGCUGACCCGGUGUUUAUCUUAGAUUCUCCGUUAAUUGCGUACUUUAGUCAAUAACUGAACACACACAAGCGAUCAUCAAGACAGACCGUGAAUAAAGACAAGCUAGCCAGUGAUGGUAAUAAGCUUGUCUCGUUGUAUGAACUCCAAUCGCUAGUUUAGCUAGCUAGUUAGCCAGACAAGAGAUAGUAAACAGUAUAAAUAAAGAGUUUUGCAAGUUGUCAGCUGCGUCCUUCAACUUUCAGCGUGCAGCCGAAUCGCUCAUCUGGCGAACCACAGUAAACAAUAUGUCUAAUGAUUAUAUUCUUGCGCAUAACUGUAAACGCACGUAAGAACUUUAAUAAUACAUGUGCAGCGACACGCAUAACAAGUGUUAAUGUGCACAUAUCCUUAUGUUGACUAGUGUGUGUGUGGAAUAUGCGUAAGUGUGUCAGUGGGCACGUGAGUAUUUAUAUAAGCAGCGAGCAGCUCUUCCCGCGACUUCUCGUAAUCGCGUUUCAACAGCACAUUCUGCGUUUGCGGCGUUGCAUUUGCUGAAUGCUACUCGUAUAAAAAAGAAUAAAAAAUAAUUAUGCAUGCAUGUGUGUGUGUAUGAGCAAUUGUGCACUCUCAUAUUAUUAUAGUUAUAUGCAUAUUUCAUCACGCAUGCAGCACGCAGCGCCAAACUGCGAAUGUUAAUGAAAUGAAAUCAUUGCUGGUAAUUGUUAUGAGAAAUUGAGGAGAAGAAGAAUGAGAGCGGAUAUAAAAAAAUAAUUGCAACAGUAACAGUAAAGAGUUGAAAAGUGAAAUAAUAAUAAAUUUUGAAAGAAAAAAAAAUUUAAUAAAAAAAUCAAUUUAAUUGUGUUAAUGAAAGUGCGCACGUCACUCAGCGACUCGUCUGGUUGCAGCUGGUGUAGUGUGUGUUCGCGACGCGUUGCAUAUCUACAGGCGCAUACUGAGUGGUAAAUUUACAUACUUGUAUACUUGUGUAUAUAUAGCGCCUCAAUUGUGUCAGUGUCAUACGCAACAAUGAAAGCAACAACGGCAGACCGUUAUUGUGAUAUAUGAGCACGGCAACGAGAAAAUCCCAAUGCCAUCUGAGGCGCCACACCAUUCAUUGACAGCAUCAUCCCGUCAUCAUCGUUAAUAUAUGUGUGUGCGUGUUUCGCUUUUCUUUAUUACUCUAGGUCGUGCUGCUGCUGCUGCAACUACUUAAGUUGCCGUUAUUUUGCCGCUCAUUGUUACUUUCCAUUGCUUGCACAUCUUCAAAGUCAUCGCUGACAUCUUGAGCCAUAUUCGCAGCACUCGCGCACAUGAGCUUGUGACGCUUAAGAAGGCUCGCAAGCAAAAGCAUUAGUGUGUUAGUGGUGGAACGUUAGAACGCAGUCAGCUGCGCCGCGCUGUGCACAUGCUACAGCGCACACCCACAUCAGGACGGCGCCGCGCGUGUAGCCGUGCAAAUUUCACACAGCAUAAUCAAAGCGCGAGCAUUGUGCUUUUUUGUGUGCAUUUCAUGUGAAGUAGUGCCUCAUGCCACAAUUUGUUGCCACACGGUUCAUGGCGUUACAUGGCAAGGUCGUUUGCGCAGCAGUAACACACACGCUGUAAUUGAGAUUGUCAGCUGCUGGUUCGCGCCGCGUGGUGUGGUAGACCGCAAGCGUUUAAUCACCAUUUGAUGAACUGCUGCUGGCUCUGAUUUUUAAAAGUACCGUUGUGGAAUUUGUGAAUGGGCUUGGAAUAAAUAACUAAAAAGCAGCGCGAGACUAGCAAGCAUCUAUACAUGAGCGAAUGCUGUAAUGAAUAUAUAAAAAAGUACGAAAAUCCUUCAAGAAUUUGAAAGGGCCACAGAGAAGGAAAGUUUUUCUUUUCAAAUGGGGGCUAUGCACACGCAAGUGGCGGAAAUUAGGACUAGAAAAACAAGUUAAUUAGCGAGGCUAAGGGCAGUGGAGAUAUUCACCGAGAAGAACAUGUACACAGAGUUGUUAAUUGAAUAGCAUUGCGUCAACUGAGGAAAAGCAUAAGAAAGUUAAGUGCGGAAAUAAAAAAGAAGACGCUAAGACAAAUCAACAGCAGAAUUGCAGUCCGCCCCUAAAAGCAGAAGCAAAAUUAGUUUCAAUUAAGCGAAACACAGCGUAUACUUCAAGGUGCUUCCGAUUUCGCAUGCCGGUCAUUUGCAAUGUUGUACUCCUCGCUGUUGCCGAAUCGCUUCAUUAGAGCGUGGUAGAGUGCUGCGCGAGGCAAAAGUGCAGGCUGUGAGCUGAAACUGCAAACUGAACGCAAGCAAAGUCAGCAUCAACUAAAAGUCCCACGAUAACUAUAUAUAUAGAUAUACAUAUAUAUAUGUAAACAAACGCACUUAGAGAUACACGAUCGUAAAUUCGUAUCGCUUCCAAGUUGCGUACAAGUUUCGACGCUGUAAAUUAAAUUGCAACUUCCGAGGGCUGUAGCAACAGCAGCAGCGGAAAGCGGAAAGUAAAAAUAAAACGUAAAAACAUAAUAAUGUGCAAGGCAGGUAUAGUUAGUGCGCAGCAAUAAAAAUUCGAAAAAAAAUCAAAGCGUAGUGCACGCUACUAUAACAACAAUAACAAAACAACGCACAAUGGAUUUGGCAAAACUGCAACGAGCAACGCCAUUAGCGGUGGCGACGAUACGCCGUAACCAAAUCAAAAGUGUCACAAGAACAACAACAGCAACGGCAGCAUGUGCUACAACAACGGCAGUAAGCACAAACACAGCCCCAAGAAUAUGCAGUUCAAUGCCGUUGACAUGUAAAGCUGCGUUGCGAACGUUAUCUACAACAACAACGAUAGCGCCAACAAUCCGCAUCAGCAGCAAGAGCAGUGACAACAACAACUGCGGCAGAAAUGGCAAGGAAAGCGCUGCAACGUCAGAGCAAGCGUCGCCACGUCUGUUGGUCGCUUCCAACUCGGGCGGCUGGCGCAGCUGCAUCGUUGGCCUUGUGACGCUGUUGGUGUUCACAGCGAAUUUCAACAGCAGUGUCGGCCAAAUCGAUUGGGAUGAUGACGAUGAUCCAGUAUCCACUGUGGCCGUAGAAGCCGUGCUGGGACGCACCGCAACGCUGCCAUGUGACAUUGAGCCGGAAGCGAAGGAUGACAGAGUUUAUAUGGUAUUGUGGUUUCGUGAGAGCGCGGGCAAACCACUUUACAGUUUCGAUGUACGGGGGAGAGCGUUUGAAAAGGCGUUGUACUGGUCGGACACCAACUCGUUUGGACCUCGGGCUUACUUCAUUACAAAUCAGCAACCUGCAAAAUUGACGGUCGAGAAUAUUCAGUUGGACGAUGAAGGCGUAUACAGAUGUCGCGUCGACUUUCAGAACUCGCCCACGCGCAAUCAUAGAAUUAAUUUAACGGUUAUUGUUCCUCCACAUCAAAUUCUGGUUUACGAUGCCUCUGGACGUGAUGUCGCCGGUGCUGUGGGCCCAUUGCUGGAGGGCGACAACAUUGUGUUGACAUGUGAAGUGCGAGGCGGUCGACCAGAGCCAGUGGUCAACUGGAUCAAUGGCACACGACUACUGGAGUCAGGCAAUGGAGUGUCGAUGGGUCGCCAUGUGACUGUAAAUCGUUUGGAGGUGCCGAAUAUUUCACGAUCCGCUCUCAACAAUACCUAUCGUUGUCAAGCUUCCAAUACGAAGCUGGUUCCACCAGUCGAGCGCAGCAUACGCAUCGAGAUGCUAUUAAGUCCAACAUCUGUAAAUCUCACAAAUAAGCAAAAAGUUUUUUCGUCCGGCACUCAAUAUAAUUUAACUUGUAUCGUCGCCGGUUCAGUGCCAGACACAGAAAUACGCUGGACGCAGAACAAUCGGCCUUUCAAACGAGGAACGCUAACAACGACACAAAGCAACGGCAGAGUCUUCUCCAUGCUGUCCUUUCAUCCACAACCCGAAGACGACGGCACAUUAUUGAAGUGUGCAGGCUCCAAUCCGCGGUUGCCCAUCUCUGCAAUGGAAGAUUCUAUUUUGCUGAAUGUGAUGUAUCCACCACAAGUCACAUUGUCGCUGGGCUCAACACUCAAACCGGACGAAAUUAAAGAAGGAGAUGAUGUUUACUUCGAGUGCCACAUAAAAGCUAAUCCGAAGGAGCAUCGUAUCACAUGGUCACAUGAUGGCAUCUCGGUCACGCAGAACGUAUCGUGGGGCAUCAUCAUUUCCACACGUUCGCUGGUAUUGCAGCGCGUUGCACGCAUCCACGCCGGUUUCUACGCUUGUGCGGCGGCCAACGACCGCGGCGAAACGCAGAGCUCGCUGGUGAAUUUGCGUAUACGUUAUGCUCCAGUUUGUAGCACGAACACAAUGAUUGUUAUUGGCGCCUCACUUGAGGAGGCGGUCCCGAUACCAUGCCGCGUUAACUCCGAUCCACCGGAAAUUGAUUUCGAGUGGACUUUUUCGACAAGCGGUGAGCACUUUGAAGUACCAUCGGGUCAUUAUGCAACGAUACAAGAGGCUACAACAACCGGCGAUGUGCACCGAACAAUAAUCGAAACAAAUGAUACACAUUUCGAAACUUACGUAGAAACUGUAAGCGAAUUGAUAUACACACCGAAGGGUGAACGGGACUAUGGAACACUGGCAUGCUGGGGCCAAAAUUCAAUUGGCAAACAGACGGAGCCUUGUCUAUUCCAAGUCGUGCCAGCAGCCAAGCCGGGAGCGUUGCGUAACUGUACAUUGCGUCCAUAUGUGGUGACCUCUGCCUCGCUAAAUUCAUCGAACCAAACAACAAUGCAUAGCAAUCAGAUGAUGCCAGCACAAUAUGGACGACAGGAAUCAAAUUUUCCGCAUACGGAGUAUGUACGUGAGCGACAUAAUAACAAUGGCAACAAUAAUAACAGCGCCAGCAACAAUGGUAAUAAAAUUCACAAUGGAAUUGGCAAUAGCAAUGGCAACAGCAAGGCAAUCAGCAGCAGCAGCAAAGGCAAUAAUAAAAUCAACAAUGUUGUUAAUAAGCAACAGCAGUCGGAAAAGAGGAAAAAAUCUGCAACCUCAUUUGUCGAGCAAAAGCAAAAGAAAUUGCAAUACCAACAAGCACGGCGGCUGCAACCGAGCGAACACCAGCAACAACAGCAAUUACAACACCUGAAGAAACGAACAUCUUUCACACCAUCUCAAACGCUGGCGGCAAUCAAACGGCAGCAACAACAGAAACACGUACAGCACAACAAGGCAGGCAGCGGCGCCAAAGCCGAGGCAGGAAAUAUCGAGGCAAUUGGCUAUGGCAAAAAGUUGGUAUCAAGUGCAACGCGCAGCCCGUCGGCUGAUGAGAGCGCCGGAACGCGACGCACAAGCGCAGCUGCAGCAGCUGGUGUUGCAAAUGCCGCAGGCAACCUGGCAACAAUGGUGUAUAUCAAUAACAAAACUGAUGGAUUGCUCACGAAGACACGAGCGGACAACAAACAUCGGUCGAAACGUGCUGUUGACGAGCAUGCAACAACAGCAACGGCAACACUUGCAGAAUACAAACACAACGAGGGUUCUAAGUACAAGCAGAAGAAGAAGGCAUACAAGCUGGCCUUGGCGACAAAGGAGCUGCGGCAGCAGCAGUCGAGAAAGCGAACUUCAAAGCAGACGCAGAAGAAGAUAAAUGCGAGCAAAUGGCAAAAAUCAAAUUUAUCAUUGCCAAGAGUUGCUGCUGGCGCGGCAGCUGUCGUCAUCAACGGCAGCAAUGCACCGACAAACAACAGCAGCAAGCAAACGCCUGCAACAAAAUACUACAAUUGGCGGCGAAAAAACACGCAUAAACGUGAGAUUUCACAAGAGAUGAGCGCAGUAAUCCAUCAUUUAACGCAAACAGCAACAACAACAGCAGCAGCAGCAGCAACGGCCACUGCAACCGAACCGUCAAAGGAAGCGGAAAAGGAAACAACAAGGGCAAGCGCACAAACCCAGCGUCUAGCAAAAAGAGAAAUCGCAACUGCAGCGCCCAACGAAUUAACGCAACAUCCAACAUACAUGGGCGAGACAAGUGGAGAUUUAGCCGAAGUAAUAGCUUCUGGUACAGCUGCUACUAUAAACACAGACAGCAGCAGCAGCUUUCACUUGCCAGCCGACAAUUCCAUUAACUCAGCAGCAAAUAGGCAACAACACACUGACGGCGGCACUACAGCUAAUGAAUCCGCUGCGAUCGCUGCAAACUCAUUCGAUAAGGUGCGCAUACGCAAAUCUUUGACAGCCAAAAACGUUGGAUCUGUCGUUUCGGAUGUUGGCGGGCGAGCUGGCAGUGCGGCUGCCGCCAACGACCGUCACUUUUUGCAACAUAGCAAAGCCAGUCAUCACAUUAGCAACUUUUCUAGCAGUGAUAACGGCAAAGCGAACUCGCAAAGCACCACAACCAACAGCCACAACGCGCCGCCCAGCGCGCCCCAAAUAAGCAAUCAUGCCACCGCCUUUCACCAGCAGCAACAGCAGCAACAUGAACAAAAGGUAGAUGAACAACAACAAAGCAUUUCAAAUGAUAAUCGCAACAUCGAUGUUAUUGGCAUGCAACGCGCAAUUAAUGAUCUCGCCGCCAGCUCGGAUGAAAGUGGCCGGGCAUCAGAGAUUUUUGCCAACAAAUAUGCUUAUGACGAUGAGAUGGGCGAGAUUGACAUGGCCGUUGACGAAGUGGAUGCUGACGCCGACAUGGAGGCAGAAUUGGUAGGUGCCGAUGCGGAUGAAGGCAAUGACAGUGAUGAUGCAGAUUUAAAUGGCAUCAUUGAACUCGAUGAAGAGCUAUCGCCUCCCACGACGAGUGCUGUGCAAAGUGAGAUACAUUUAUCAGCUCACGCAGCGGAUGCUCCGCACUUCGAAUACUCACGCAUGGAGUAUAGUUUCAGUAAUGGCAUUGCUACUCACAGCCUGGUUGGCGGCAAUGACAAUGGGCCUGGCCUUGGCCUGGAUGGGAUUGGGCAUGGUGACGGUGGUGGUGGCGGUGGUACCAUUAAUCUCGAGAACUACGAUAACAUUAUUUAUUCGACAAUGGAAUUGGAAUGUAUGCCAGGAUACGAUGGUGGCCUGCAGCAACAAUUCUUUCUGGAGGCGUACGAUUCCAAAACGAAGAAACUGCGCCUAAACACCUCAAGCACAUAUGCCGAUAUACCGAUAUUUCGCAUCGACUUGAGUGAUUUGGCCUCAAUGGACUACUACCCGGAUCCAAAUCCAGCACUGCAUUUAGUGGUUUAUAGCGCCAAUCAGAAAGGUCGUUCGGAACCGAUUGUUUUGGAGAAUAUUCCCAUAAAUGAAGCAGAAAAGCGAACAGACGGGCGCAUGGCUUCCAUACUACCGCUUGCUGCUCUACUCACUGGUACUCUGUUCACCGUCGGCGUCGCUGUGCUUUUCGUUGUAGUGGUCGCUGUACGCAAAAGACGCUGUCAGGGGGGACGUAACCUCUGCGAUGACAAAGAUAAGCAUUUAGGUAUGGAUGUGACCGUGACCGCGCCACUUGAGACGGGUGCGGGUCACCAGCGUUUGGUCGUUGCUUAUACUCUCAAGCAGGGCAUCGAAAAACAACCUGAUAUUUUAAACGCUCAAAAGAGUGCAACCGGCAGCGACACAUCCUCGCCGCUGGGUAGCAGACCUGGUGGGCUAUACCUCGGCGGCAGCGGUGCGGCGAGUAGUAAUUGUGGUGUUCCUGGUAAUAAAUCAAACUUCACAACUACAGUUAGUACAAAUGCAGUGACAGAUUAUGACGCCUCCACCAUCGGUUACAACGAUCCCGUAAAUUCAAACGAUCUUCUCAACAGCCCUCCCUCACAAUCGAGCACCCUAAAAUUGGGUAAUGAUCUUCGUAAAAACUAUCAAAGUUCACAGCAACCACUGCUCUAUGACGCAUUGCCGCUAAAUCGACACGAUAUCUCACGAUACGACCCGCUUGGUCUUAACUAUGGCGGCAGUAGUAGCACGCUCAAUUCAGCGGGCAGCGCCAGCACCGCCACUAACAACAUAAAUAAUGCAGCUUCAAGUGGCGCCACACCGCAAUCUUUAAUACAAAAUAAUCUCAGCAACGGGCACUACGUCAAUCAUCACACACUGCCUCACCCAUCUUCCGCAGCCACACACUCAAGCCUCCUUCACAUGCAACAACAACAGCAGCAGCAGCAACAUCAAUCAACACUGCCAACUGAUGAGCAACUAUCCAUUGCUGAUUAUCUCGCAGCGAGCAGCUUAAUCGAUUAUAAUUUAAGUAAAGCAGCAACGGGGUUGCCACCUGGCAUGUCGUGCGGCAGCGCAGUUGGCAGUGGGCACAUGACGCUACCCAAAGGUCUCGGCAUAGGCUCGUUACUGGGCGUCGCCGGCGGCAACAGCAACGGUGCAUUACUAUCACAAGUCUCGCAUCCAGCGAGCAUUACACCAACAGCAACGAUUACACAGAAAACGAACGCAAAUCGAAAUCAUAUUAUAACGGACACAUUACCGGGUCCUGAGAGUUGUGUUUAAGUUAUAAAGAAUACAUUAUGAUAUAUGUAGUUGUAAGACAAGCGUACAUGCAUACGAACACGUUACGCUCUGAGAAAAUUAAAAUAUAAGUUUAUAUAUGGAAAUGAGAUGGAAUGUUUGGAAGACACUAACAAAGAUUUCGCAAAGCAAAAAAGACUGGUGCAAUAUACAAAUAGUUGAAAAGCUACAUACACACCCAAAUGCACAUAUUAUAUAUAUACCAACAUAUAAGCACACACGCGCUAAACAUUAGGGUGGAGCGAAAAAAAAUUGUUUUUAAUAUCUACCGGGCCGCAUUUUAAAGUAAAUUUCGACUUAACAUUUUUUUUUUUAGUUUAAGCUCUUCACAUUUAUAUAAAAGUUACCGAAUUUGACGGUUUUUGACUCAAAAUUUAUUUUAACGCUUAAGGAAAGCCCGUUGUCAUUUAAUACUUUUUUUUAAACUCCAAUAAUGACCACAAACAUAUUUUUAAGUUGAUAACUUUUAAUUGGCCACAAAGAGGACUGUCCACAGCUCCUAGAACACUUAUCAAAAAAAUUUUACGAAAUAAAAUUUUACUUUAAAAAUUAGUGCCGCUUCUAGGUGUUAAAAAAAUGUUUUUAUCGCUCCACCCUACUAAACAUGUCUCCAGGUGCUUUCCAGCUGGUACACCGUUUAUUACUUACGGAGGUGAAGAGUGUGCACGCCAUGUUUUAAACAAUGUAAUAAUAAUCAAUAGGCAUCAAGAGCCGUUCAGAACCCAAAUAUGAACUUUGGGUGGAAAACUACAUACAUAUGUACAUAUCUGGGUUGAUUACAAAUUAUUGACAGUUUUCGGGCGACUUUACCAUUUUUGAUAUUCCGCUAUAAAUAAAAAACAAAUUUAACUUUGUUCCAGGGUAUUUACUACAGGAUAUAAAUAUAAAUAGCGUGUAGUUUAUUUUGUGAAAUGUCUGGAAACCCGUACGUCUCCGUAGCGUGCUCUCUGUAGUAGGCAAACAAAAUAAUCAAUAACACUUAAUAAGCAAAGAAAUCACCAAUUCACCCCAAAUCAAACCAAUAGUGCAUAUUUGGCAGCCUAAGGAUUGUGUGGGUCCAAGCAGGGGUAGCGAAACUUGAUAGGGAUCGAGUGAAAAGUGUGUAAACCAAUGGCAUAUAAAUUAGCAAAAGUAAAUAGAUGUAAUAAUACAAAAAUAGAAAAUUGAUAAUUGCUUGUAUUGUAAUUACUUUUAAUUUAGUUUCUAAGAGCUGUGUACAUACAUAUACAUAUAUAUAAACAAGUAAUUAUAGGCAAUUUAGUGAAUGUAAUGUAAGUGUUUGUGAGCAAACCUUAAAAAUAAAUGUAUAUACUGAUCUUGGUGUUGUUGUCACACUGUACUCGACUUAAGUAAGCUCCAACAAUUUAAUUACUUAGAUGGAAAUUUAGCAACCGCUGCGAAAUGUAACUAAUGCAGCGCAAAUCUAGCAAAUAUGCACAUUCUAGUUUUACAGUUAUAAACAUACAAGUAUGAACCGAAGCAUUUCACUCAGUUGAAAAUUAAUGUAAUUUUUCAUAUAUUUUUAUUAAAGUUGAAAGUUGUAUUCAACAAGAGUAAUACUUCCAGUUACGUAAUUGAAAAUGUAUCGAAUUGUCGUACAUACACACCAAACUCUUGCCGUAGCAGUAAAACAUAUCAAGCAUAUACAUAUGUACAUAAGUAUAAGCUCCUUUACGAUAUAACUGACAUAUCUAACCUAGAAGCCAGGGACUGUCUUACAUAAAUAUAAUAUUAGCAGUUACACUUUUGGUCCACACGCAGACAAUAAAGACUCACAUAUCUACACAGCGUGUAUAAACAGAACAAUUUGAUUCGAAAAAUUGAAAACGCUCAAAUAUGCAGCGUGCAAAUUCCGCCAAUACUCAGCCGUGCCCGAUUGACCCGGAAACACAAGAAAAUCGCCAUUUAUAUCUGCACACACACAAUGUUGAUUAUUUUGCCUCUGCUGUGCCCCAGCAAUGCCAACUGUUAUCAAAGCAACCGCAGCAAUCAUACCGUCACGACUGCACACACAUACAUUCAUACAUACAGACAUAGCUACCACCAUUGCCAGCUGCAUAAGCACACGUACACUGAAAUAUCGCACUAACACACCAGCGCGGUGUUUUAUAAGUAUGCACAAGUAUAUAUGCAUAUUUAUGUAUGUGUAUAUGUAUGUUUGUGUGCUAUAGUUAAGGAUUUACGAAAUUGCACUGCAAAAUGCGUCAAAUCGUUUGUCUUCCUCCAUCUGCCGCUGCGCGUGUAUGCAAACAGGUAGUGUGUAUGUAAGUAUGUGUGCGUCAGGACUAGGUGGAUGCAGGCUCCAGUAAAAUUUUAUACCAACAAUAAAAGAACUUUAAAAACACAUUACCAUCAUUCCGAAAGUUAUAUUGGGCACGUUCGAUAUUUUAUGUGUUUCUUUCUGUUUUUGCAAUACGCGCGCACUUCGGAUAUAAAACAAUUGCAUUUUUAUCUUUGUUGUAAUCGAAAACUUUCUAAUGUGCACAUUGCCAAUACACCCAGCAGAGAUGUUCAAGCGUUUUGUAUUUCAUUCUCAUUCUCUCACACUACAUUCGCCUCUAAAUGCGUCAUUUAUACUUCUGUGUCUCCGUUUGCGAUGAUCAUCGAAGGUGACUUGUUUUUUAGCUAGAAAGUAUAAGUAUAAUCGCCCGAGGUCACAUAAAAGCUCUUACAUGGAAACACUUUGUCGAAGUAUUUAUUUCAUAUUUAAUAAACACUCAAACUUUACAACAACAGAAUCAAAUAAAAAAGUAUCAACAUUUCCUAGAUAUGAUCACACCCUUAAAACUGUGUGUAUACAAAGUUACGGCGCUAACAUUAAACGAUGUGCCGUUAUAGCACAGAAAAUAACAAGAGCAAGCAUAAAAUCGACAUCACCAAAAAUAAAAUAUUCAACAGUUGAGUUGUAGCCUGAGCCUUAUCUGCCAGUUGAUUGCCUUCACUACAUAAGUAUGUAUUCCACUAAAUAUUGGCAUAAUAUAACUGUUAUUUUAAAUGUAAAAAUACACAUAACUCCUGUGAAGCGAUCGUCAGAAAAUUUACAUUGUUCUUCCUCAACAUUUCCAAGCAAUAAGUUCGCAAUAAAGGACUUCACAAAAGUAAUAUAGCAAUUACAAGAGCUAUGGUACAAUAACAAUAUAAAAGCUCGAUAGGAAGUUGUUGAGUGCAGCGCAAAAGUUUUCCACUCUCCUUAAGCGAGAGCAGAGCGUCUGAGGUGUGAGGGUUGUCAUAAGCAGAAUAUAUAUGUAAGUGCCGGCAAAUGACAAUAUGAUGACAGUGAAUGGAAAACUUUUUAAUAUUCAUGUGCAAUGAUUUAUGAUUAUACAUAUAUAUCACAAUGUUAUAUGUACUUCCCUAUGUACUAUAUUAUUACAUAGGUGUUAAAUGCCGUACACAUGUUGCCAUAUAAGCUACUUUGGCGAAAAUUUCCAGCAGAAGCAGUUUAAGCAAAUCCUUAAAUAGAGUUAAUCACUCACCAUAGAGGUUUUUCGAGUUAGAAGGUGUGCGUUUUUCCAUAUUUAAUAUGAUAAACUCUAAAGUUCUACUCUACCGUAUUAAAUGAAUGUAAUUGAUAUGUUUACUUCAUUUUAAAACAGACUGGACCAAAAAUCCUUUUAUUAUUCAAAUGAUUAUAAAAUGGAGUGAGAGAUGAGCAGAAGGUACUGAACUUUCUUAAUAACAAAAAAAAUUGUUAAUUUCAUUGACACCGAAGCUCGAAUACUCUUCACAAUUACAAAACAUUCCAUACAAAACUUGAUUUUGAUCGGUCAGUUUGUAUGACAGCUACAUAUAUAGUUACAUGCUAUAGUGGUUCGAAGCGGUUUCGAAAAAUGAGCAGCUUCUUUGGGAGAAAAGGACGUGUGUAAAAUUUCAGAUCGAUAUCCCAAAAACUGAGGGAAUAGUUCGCGUAUACUUAUACAGACCGACGAUCGGAUGGCUAAAGCGACUCUGUUCGUCAUGAUCAUUUAUAUAUGUACUUAUAUACUUUAUAGGGUCAGCGAGGCGUCAUUCUGUAUGCUACAAACUUCGUGGCAAACUUAAUAUGCCCUGUUGAGGCUAUAAUAACAGCAAAGCCAAAAAUUUGAAAAGUGUGUAUAACGUCUACCUUUAUUAGAACUUUCAAUACUCAGAAAAUAUACGACUAAUUUGAACCAAAAUCUUCAAAUAAGACGUCUCAACGCCAUUUGAAAGUCACUUCCAACACAACAAAAGUAUGGAUGGCGUCAGCCUAUUUAAGACUGCAAUAACCCAUUCAUCAACCAAGAUAGCUUAUGUUAAUAUGAUGAAACACAAAUAGUACUACUGAUAUGAACUCGAAACCAAAUUGUUAACUGAAUUUAAGUGCAGAUGUUUUCAGAGCUACUUCUUCCCCCUAAUGUAUCUAAUAUAACGUUUCACACAUUUUCCAAUGUUGUGUUCGAACUCAAGAUUUUUGAUUUUCCAUACUUCUAAAACUGCAGCACUGACUGAACUAACCAAAUUGAUCAUCAAAUUUCCAAGAUUACUUAACACAUAUCCAUACCAUCUACUGCUCAUAUCCUUAAUAUAAUGUUAACUAUCAGCUUUAGUGCUUUAAGUGCCGGUGGUGAAGCUUAGUUUUAUUAUUUUAUAUAAUUUUUCUGUAAACUUAUUUAUUUAUGUAUUUGGUGAAAAGCUAAGUUACCGCUUUAAUGGUACUUUAAUCACAUUGAAAAAACAAAACAAAAAACAAAAAUGAUUGAGCUGUACAUUUUCAAACGUACUGUAAAUAGUAGUAGCAAAUCAUUUAAGUGUUAGAAAGAGUUUAAGAUUAUGUAUAAAUAUGUAAAUGUAUCAUAUGUAAUUGUGCUUGCAUGUAAUUGUAUGAGUACCUUUACUCAUACUCAAUAAAAUAUUAGAAAAUUUAAAUAUUGGAAUAGCAAAUGACAUUGUAUUGUUAUUGUAAAAAAGUGUAGAAGCAGAGUUUUAAUGUGAGACAAUGAUCAAUAAAAUAUACAUAUACAUAUAUGUAUGUACGUAUUCAUUACUAUUCACACAUACAAUACAUAUCUAGUAUAGAAAAUGAACAAUUAGACAGGUAGAAUUAUUAGACAUAAUUUAUGUACAAGUAUGUGAGAGUCGAACCUUGAAAGGAAUACUACAAUACAAGAACUACAAUUAGGUGAAUUCAUAACACAAAGCAUAUAAAAGCAUACACAUAUACAAAAACAAAUGAAUAAUUUAUAUGAAAACAUAGAGAUUAAGUAACUGUAAAAAGAAAUAAAAGAAUAAGAGUCCUCUGUAAAAAUGCUUAAAUUAUUUGUGAUAAAGUUAAAGGAGUAGAUAAAAUAUAAAUAUAAUUAUAAAUACAUAUAUACAUACAUACCAUGUAUAAGACAGAUUAGUAGUAAUGGAUCAUUAAGCAAAUAUAUACAAACCCUAUUGAAAUAUGUAUGGAACUUGCAAAAUUUGCGCGCAGACCCCAAUAUUCUGCUCGACUACAAUGAAAUGAUAAUGCAAUGAAUAGAAUAAUAAAGAAAUUAAUUCUUAUUUGAAAA